AUGGGUGGUUGGACGCAGCGGAAGGUUCUCAAGCCUGGUGUCAGCAGCAGCAGCUGUGGCAGUGGCACAGCCCCACCCCUCCUCUGUGUGUGGGAAGCUAUGGCUGCAGCUGAGGAGGCAGCAGCCCUGUGCAAGGACUGCGGGAACGGGAAGACGAAAUACAGUCUUGCUAAACAUCAGAGAAUCCACACUGGUGAGAAACCUUAUGAAUGCAAGGAAUGUGGAAAGGCAUUCAGUCACAGCUAUGCUCUUGCUGUACAUCAGAGAAUCCACACUGGUGAGAAACCUCAUGAAUGCAAGCAGUGUGGAAAGACAUUCUAUUGUAGUGCCAAUCUUACUGUACAUCAGAGAAUCCACACUGGGAAGAAACCUUAUGAAUGCAAGCAGUGUGGAAAGAUAUUCAGGAACAGUUCCAAUCUUAUUGUACAUCAGAGAAUCCACACUGGUGAGAAACCUUAUGAAUGCAAGCAGUGUGGAAAGAGGUUUUGUUGGAACUCCCAUCUUGUAUACCAGAGAAUCCACACUGGGGAGAAACCUUUUGAAUGCAAGCAAUGUGGAAAGACUUUCAAACAGAUCUCCAAUCUUUCUAAACAUCAGAAAAUUCACUCUGGUGAGAGACCUUAUGAAUGCAAGAAAUGCGGAAGGACAUUCCAUCAGAGCUCCCAUCUUGCUUUACAUCAGAGAAUCCACACUGGGGAGAAACCUUAUGAAUGCAAGCAGUGUGGAAAGACAUUCCGUCAGAGCUCAAAUCUUGCUGUACAUCAGAGAAUCCACACUGGUGAGAAACCUUAUCAAUGCAAACAGUGUGGAAAGACAUUCUAUCAGAGUUCCACUCUUGCUGUACAUCAGAAAAUCCACACUGGUGAGAAACCUUAUGAGUGCAAGCAGUGUGGAAAGACAUUCCGUCUCAGCUCCAGUCUUUCUGAACAUCAGAGAAUCCACACUGGGGAGAAACCUUAUGAAUGUAAGCAGUGUGGAAAGACAUUCAGGGACAGCUCCAAUCUUACUGUACAUCAGAGAAUCCACACUGGGGAGAAACCUUAUGAAUGCCAACAGUGUGGAAAGAUAUUCAGGUACAGUUCUAAUCUUUCUGUACAUCAGAGAAUCCAUGCUGGGGAAAAACCUUAUGAAUGCCAGCAGUGUGGAAAAAUAUUCAGGAACAGUUCUAAUCUUAUUGUACAUCAGAGAAUCCACACUGGGGAGAAACCUUAUGUAUGCCAGCAGUGUGGAAAGUCAUUCACAGUGUACUCCAGCCUUGCUGACCAUCAGAAGAUCCACACUGGGGAGAAACCUUAUGUAUGCCAGCAGUGUGGAAAGACAUUUGGUCGGAGCUGCAAUCUUGCUGACCAUCAGAAGAUUCACACUGGGGAGAAACUUUAUGAAUGUCAACAGUGUGGAAAGGCAUUUAGUCGGAGCCCCAGUCUUACUGUACAUCAGAGAGUCCACACUGGUGAGAAACCUUAUGAAUGCCAGCAGUGUGGAAAGAUAUUCCGUCAGAGCUCACAGCUUGCUCUACAUCAGAGAGUCCACACUGGGGAAAAAUCUUAUGAAUGCAUGCAAUGUGGAAAAACAUUCAGGUACAGUUCCAAUCUUUCUGACCAUCAGAGAAUCCAUACUGGGGAGAAACCUUAUGAAUGUCAGCAGUGUGGAAAGUCAUUCACAGUGUACUCCACUCUUGCUGAACAUCAGAAAAUCCACACUGGGAAGAGACCUUAA